UACUUCCGGCUCCUUAGUGACGCGUUCAUGUCAACAGAGCUGAUGUGAUUGUGGAGAGAGAGAGAAAAGAUAGGGACUUUUUGAGAGAUAUUGAACACGUUAUAGGGGAAAAAAAUGGAUUAUUCUGGAAAAGAAAAAGAAGCCUUGGCUCUGAUCGAGGCAGCUGAUAAGAAAAUGCAAAUGUCGGCGUCGUUGUUUGGCAAGUUUUUCGGGAGCUCAUCUAAAGCAGAGGAAGCGUGUGACAUGUACACGAGGGCCGCCAAUAUGUUCAAGAUGGCCAAGAACUGGCAUGCUGCAGGAGAUGCGUUCUGCAAAGCUGCACGAGUGCACUUGAAAACCCAGAGCAAGCACAACGCUGCUGUCUGCUUCAUCGACGCCGGCAACGCCUACAAAAAAGCAGAUCCACAAGAGGCCAUCAAGUGUCUGACCCGAGCCAUCGACAUCUACACUGACAUGGGACGUUUCACCAUCGCAGCCAAACACCAUGUGACUAUAGCAGAAAUCUAUGAGUCUGAUUUACUGGAUGUUGAUAAGGCGGUUGCGCAUUACGAGCAGGCCGGUGAUUACUACAAAGGAGAAGAGUCUACAAGCUCUGCCAACAAGUGCCUUCUUAAAGUAGCCACGUACGCUGCUCAGCUAGAACAGUACCAGAAAGCUAUACAGCUGUAUGAACAGAUCGGGACCUACUGCAUGGACAACACCCUGCUGAAGUACGGCGCUAAAGAUCACUUCUUCAAAGCAGCACUGUGUCACUUCUGUGUGGAUAUGCUGAACGCCAAGCUGGCUGUUCAACGAUAUGAGGAAAUGUUUCCUGCUUUCUCAGACUCCAGGGAGUGCAAACUCAUAAAGAAACUUCUCAAUGCGCACGAGGAGCAGGAUGUGGAUUCAUUCACAAACGCUGUGAAGGAGUUCGACUCGAUCACGCGGCUGGAUCAGUGGCACACCACCAUGUUGCUGCGGAUCAAGAAGAGCAUUCAGGAAGAUGAGAGCGAUCUCCGCUAACACUGUGAGCAUCAUCCUCUGACUCGUGACAUCCUACUCAUUCAUCAGCCAGUUUUUUUCCAUUAGUUUAAUCAGCUGAAAGUUACAACGGAUCGAUUCCUCACUUCCUCGUUCCCUUCACGUUGAGGAGCUGUCCGUGAUCCUAACAGCGCUGAGUGAUAUUUAGUCAAUUCAUGACCUUUUGUGGGUGCCAAAUUCUGUAUUGCUUAAUUUUUUAAUUUUUUUUUUUACCAUAAAUGAAUGGUAAAAUAUUUAAAUGAAAAAGUAUGGAUUUGUAAUAUAAUGUAAUGGCUGCAGUUUUCCUGUGUAUCGCUGCAAUCCUUAUCACUAAUCACCAUGUUUUGUGUUACUUCACAUCAGUAGAAGCUGCUUUUAAGGUUUGAUCUUUUAUUUAAUAUUUUCAGCACGAGGUUACAGUGGAAUUGAGUGAAAGCGUGAAUUUGAGAACGUUUUUUACUUUUUUUACGACUAGAAUUCCACCUGGUUUGAUUAUUGGAUGGUAUUUGAUUCUUCUGAAAACUAAGAUUACCUCACGCUGCUGUGAAGCUGCACAGCAUUUCCAUUGGUCGGUUUGUUUGUAUGUUUUAUGGAUUUUUCCCAAAUCAUAUUAAUUUAUUAGGCAAUUUUAGUUCAGUUCUAGCUGCAGUGUGUACAAGGCAGAUGAAACACUAAAGCAUGAAAGGAAACGGUAUGAAGAUUGAACCUGACUUAGAACUCCUAGGGCUUUCCCUUUUGUCCAAGUUUAAUAAAACGUUUUUUGACUCCUUUAA